AUUAUGAGAAUACGAAUUAGGUGCAAUAAUGUUCUGCAAGAAAACCGUCCAUUAGAGGGCGUUUUGUGAAAACAUCGUAAUCGUGUUUCGGAAGUAUUACACGUGAUCCCUCUCCGUUUACUUCCUCGGUACCACCAGUUCUCUGCUGGCGGGAUGUACGAUGUGCUGAUUGGUCCAAGGUGCGGUCACGUAGGACUGAGCGGCGGGCGGUAUAAAAACAAGGGUAACCCACGUGAAGGAGCUUUUUCUUCGUACUUCAGUGGCCGGAGGACGCCGAAGGUUGCGAAGAAUAAAAAACAGGUACCAGAGAUCCAAUUGUCCGGAGAGUUGAAGGAAUCGUGGAAAGGAAAGGAAAUCCAUUAUCAAGGACUGACUACAGUGUCGCAGGGUGAUCAGCGAAUUUUUGGACCAAAGGGAAAUCUCAUAUGAAAUGGAAAAGCAAUUACGAGAUGCUUUCAUCAAUUUAUCGCAAAGAGAACAAGAGUGGAAAGCUACAAGAAAAGAAAUAUCCAUAGAGUGCAUUGCCACCUUGAGCCGGAAAUAUAAAAUGGUAAAUGACAUGGAAGGAGACCCUUUGUCGGACGAGUUUCCGAGCCUCCAGGCAGACUUAAAAGUAACUUUGUUUUAUCAAAUCGAGGGAGAAAGAAGUGUGUUACUUGGAAGAUUAGAAAAGUUACACGACAUUUGGGUGGAAAUAAACAAACAAAAAGAGGAAAUAGAUGAAAGUAUGAAAAUGAUGGCUAGAGAUCUGGCAGCAUCUCACAGAAUGCAGAUGAGACCCUCUUUCUUUGAAAUGCAAGAUUUGUACGAAGACUUCUCCAAUUCUGCAUGGAAUGAAUAUUGCUGUGCAAAAUUCCUAUUGCUGAGCGAUUGGAAGAAGAUGGCAGAUGACUCCUUUAUGGAAAACUGGAAGAAAUAUACAUCUUCCAAAAGAGAUGGAAUUCUAGCAAAAUUGCAAGAGUAUCUCAAAGGUGAGAUGGAAGAAGAAAAUGUUGACAUCACAAUUUCUGUUUAAUGUAAAAAUGUAAUUUAAAUAUAUAAAAUUACUUGUCCUGAC